AGAAGGCAAAAACAUGAUGAAAUUAACACUGUGUAUGUGCCAGUUUUUAACUAAUUGCCUCUUGGCACUGCUUGCUUUUUGUGAAGCCAAUCAAGCUGAUAGCCUUGACAGGCUGCUUAAAUCCAGAAGGUCACAAAAUCCUCCUAUUCCACAGUCAUGGCCUGAACUACAGGCUAAAACUGAAUACUCUCCCAUGCACAUUGAGCCUCAACAUGGGCUAAUGCAAGCUGACAAGAUUGUUGCCUUGCCUGGCCAACCUGAUGGAGUGGAUUUUGAUCAGUAUUCGGGGUAUGUGACUGUUGAUCCAAAGGCUGGUAGAGCACUGUUCUACUAUUUUGUGGAGUCCCCACAGAACUUUUUGACCAAGCCUCUGGUUCUGUGGCUCAAUGGAGGACCUGGAUGUUCCUCUCUUGGGUAUGGAGCCAUGGAGGAAUUAGGACCUUUCAGAGUAAAUAGUGACGGGAAAACACUCUUCAGAAAUAAUUAUGCAUGGAAUAAUGUGGCAAAUGUGAUCUUCUUGGAAUCUCCUGCUGGCGUAGGCUUCUCCUACUCAAAUAGCUCUUCUGACUAUGACCUUACGGUCGCUGGUGAUAAGAGUACUGCUGAUGAUACCUAUACUUUUCUUGUCAACUGGCUCGAGAGGUUCCCACAUUUCAAGACUAGAGAUUUUUUCUUAACUGGAGAAAGCUAUGCUGGUCAUUAUGUACCUCAGCUUGCAUACACAAUUCUGCAGAACAAUAAGAAAACAAAUCAAACCAUCAUUAAUCUAAAAGGCAUUGCGAUAGGAAAUGCAUGGGUUGAUGAUCUUAAAGAUGCAAAGGGAGUAUAUGAUUAUCUAUGGAGCCAUGCUUUAAUCUCAGAUGAAACAAAGGAAGCUAUCCACAAGUUUUGUUAUUCUGGGGGCAAUUAUUCUGAAGAAUGCGACAACUCCAAAAUGAAAGCCUUAUCUGAGAAGGGCAAAAUUGAUUUUUACAACAUAUAUGCCCCACUUUGCCAUGACACUGCACUCAAUAGGUCGACUGGUUCUGUUUAUUACUUCAAUCCCUGCUCAUACUCGUAUGUAGAAUCUUAUCUGAAUACUGCAGAGAUGCAAAUUGCCUUGCAUGCAAAUCCCACAAAAUGGAGCCAUUGCAGUGGCUUUAACUGGACAGAUAGCCCAGUUACUGUUCUGCCCAUAAUCAAGAAUCUGAUGGCAAGUGGCAUCAGAGUCUGGAUGUACAGUGGUGACACAGAUGGAAAUGUGCCAGUUACAUCAUCCAGGUACUCAAUAAACAGUCUCAAGCUUCCCAUCAAGACCCCGUGGCAGCCGUGGCACACCAACAAAGAGGUUGGAGGUUAUGUGGUGGAAUAUGAAGGAUUGACAUUUGUGACAGUAAGAGGAGCAGGACAUCUGGUUCCAAGCUACCAACCAGAGCGUGCACUCACCAUGAUUUCAUCAUUCCUGCAAGGAAGUCUCCCUCCUUCCUCACCGUGAUUUACUCCUGAUCCAACCCCACAAGGCUUGCAAGAGAAAGAGUAAUCACUCUGUUUGCAAAUGAGAAUUUCUAGCAAAAGAAAAUAUGGAGCAUGAUUCUUCUAAAUAUGAAAAGUUAUGAAACUUAUCA